AUGGACUUUCUUCAGCGCCUCGCGCGCUUCCUCGACCGCCCGCUCUUCCCGUGGAAGAAGCUCAUCAUGGGCUUCUCAGUCGGCCAGUACCUCUUCGAAACCUUCCUCACCCUCCGCCAGUACCGCGUCCUCCAGAACACCAAGCCCCCCGUCGUCCUCUCCAAGGAGGUCUCCCAGGAAGUCUUUGACAAGUCGCAGGCCUACGGCCGCGCCAAGGCAAAGUUUGAAAUCGUCAACGGUCUAUACUCGCAGCUCCAGAACCUCGCCUUUAUGCACUUUGAUAUACUCCCCAAGCUCUGGUCCUGGUCUGGUGAUUUGCUCCUCAAGUUUGCGCCUGCGAGGUUCACGGGCGAGAUUAGCCAUACCAUCGUCUUCGUCUUGACUUUUGCCGCCAUUAGCCAGAUCCUUCGACUCCCCGCCUCCAUCUACCAGACGUUUGUCCUCGAGGAGAAAUUCGGCUUCAACAAGCAGACGCCCAAGCUCUUCGUCACGGAUCUCAUCAAGACUCAGCUCCUGACCUUUGUCCUCGCGCCCCCCUUCCUCGCCGGCUUCCUCAAGAUCAUCCAAAAGACUGGCAACCAGUUCUUCUACUACCUCUGGCUCUUCGUCAUCGCCCUCCAGGUCUUCAUGAUCACCAUCUACCCAAUCGCCAUCCUGCCCCUGUUCAACAAGCUGUCGCCUCUCGAGGACGGCGAGCUCAAGACAAAGGUCGAGUCUCUUGCCGCCAGCCUCAAGUUCCCCCUGCACGAGCUCUACGUCAUCGACGGCAGCAAGCGCAGCGCCCACUCCAACGCCUAUUUCUUUGGUCUCCCCUGGAAGAAGCACAUUGUCAUCUACGAUACUCUUAUUGAGAAGAGCGAGCCUCAGGAGGUUGUUGCUGUUCUUGCGCACGAGCUUGGUCACUGGAAGCUUGGUCACACGACCAGCCUGUUUGGUAUCUCCCAGGCUCACUCCUUCUACAUCUUCCUUCUGUUCUCUGUCUUCAUCAACAACCACUCCCUGUACUCGGACUUUGGCUUCCUCACCCAGCACCCCAUCAUCAUCGGCUUCAUCCUCUUCUCGGACGCCCUCGCCCCCAUGGACCUGGUCAUCACCCUGCUCAUGCACAUCGUCAGCCGCAAGUUCGAGUUCCAGGCCGACGCCUUUGCCAAGCAGCUCGGCUACCCCGAGGAGCUCGCCCGCUCCCUGCUCAAGCUCCAGAUCCAGAACCUCAGCACCAUGGACGCCGACUGGAUGUACGCCAGCUACCACUUCUCCCACCCCCACCUGUCGGAGCGCCUCAAGGCUCUUGGCUGGAAGGGUUCUGAGGGCGUCACUGAGGGUGUGCCUGACAAGGCUGCCGAGGCCUCGGAAAAGGAGGGCGUCGUCAAGGCCAGCGGCCGAGAUGAGCUGUAG